UCUAUGUUCAAAGAUGGCGGGCACCUCCGACCCACUGGAAGAUAUGCUAUUUUCCGAGGUGGAUGAAAAAGCUGUGAGCGAUUUAGUGGGCUCUUUGGAGUCACAACUUGUUGGACAAAGCAACCCUGCAAAUACUCAGUCGGAAAACAGAGGUGCUGGGACUACAGUCACUGCAAACCAUCACUUAGGGAAAACGCUACCAGCCCAAGUGGGUAACGUUACUACACUAGUACAGCAGCAGCAGCAGCAACAACAAGAAGGACAACAUAAAGCUGGGAUGCACCAGGAGAUGAACUCUAACGAAAUUAGCUCAGAGAAAACCGUUACAUCUUCUUCGCUGAGUUCUAUUCCGUCUUUUGAGGAAGCUUCCACCACUUCAGGGACUGGAGUAAACGCUACCAAGAGCGGUUUGCAAUCACAUGGAACAUCAUCUAUCACAACACUACCUGCAUCUGGUGGUGUAACAACUUCUCCGCUUGUCAACAGCAGUAUCAUCAUCAUCAGCAGCACCACCAGCCGAGGUUCCGCUCUGGCUUCAGGUCAGACCUCAACAGACAGUGUCGAUCAUCCAAGAAAACGCAUAACUGCAUCGUUACGGAGUGCAUCGGCGGGAAUACAGAGUUUGAACGGUACCGGAGGAGCGGUAACGUCAAGGAAUAAUCCCCCUGCCGCGGGAACUGAUGCGUUGAUUAAUAACGUUAACACUGUGUCUAGCAGUGCAAGUGCAGCAAACUCAAGUCGGACCGUUGACGUUACAUCUUGUGUAAAUACGACGAAUUUCACUUUAUCUAGCUCCAGCAUUUCCUCAACUCAAUCAGCGAUUCCCCUGGAUAAGGGGACUCCUACUAUUGCUUUGCAAAGACUACCAAGUCACAUUGUAGCGAGCAUCGCGCAGAAUGGAAAUGGCACUACCGUCUCGGCCUUGGUUAAACAAGGCGCGAUAGGACCGAUCACUUCUGCAGCAGCUUCGCAAGUGAACCACAAAAAAGAGGGUUCUGAAGCGAAGUUGGACGCUCCCGUGCAGUCCAAAAUAACCAUGUCCAGUCCGUUAGGUGUUGUCAAUUCCGUAAUAAACUCUGUUUCCUCUCCAUCUGCUGUUUUCAACCUAGCAGCGACUUCUACUGCAAGUCUUGUCAUGGCAAAGCCUGCUGUCAAUGUUGUUGGACAAACAACAACGGUUGGAAUGGUAAGGUCUCCGUCUGUGGCCACAGCUACACAGCCUCUGCUUCAACCGGGAGUACAAGCAGCUCAAAGAAUUGUUGCCCCCCAGCUGAUUGUCAGACCCCCCCAACAACCACAGACGACCAUUCAACUGCCACCUGGGUUUACCAUCCCACCGGGAAUGGUGUUGGUGCGCACUGAGAUGGGUCAGCUGGUGAUGGUCCCACAGCAGGCCCUUGCCCAGGCACAGGCCCAAGCCCAGACCCAGGCCCAGAACAACAUCUCCCCCCGAACUGCCACCCCCACUGCAGGGGCCACCUUCAGAGCAACUACCCUACAGUCUCCUGUGACCUCUCAGGCUAUUCGGCCAUGUCCUCCUCCUGUCCAGGCCAAGAUGGUGCUGUCUCCCACUCCUAGCCCUGUCCUCCAGAUCUCCUCCUCCCCUGCGCCACCUUCUAAGGGCCCCAUGGCGCCGGUCGUGGCAGUGACGGCUCCCCAACAGGCCCCCGUGGUGAUGGCCCCCCAGGCCCAGGUCCAGGCUGGGGCCCAAGCCGCCUCGCAGCCAGCCCUGCCCCAGCAGACCAGCGCCCCUGUAGCCCCAGGAGCCUCUGUCAUCUCCCAGGAGAUGCAGGAGAAUGUGAAGAAGUGUAAGAACUUCUUGGCCACCCUGAUAAAGCUGGCUUCCCACAACUCUCCGUCACCUGAGACCUCCAAAAAUGUCAAGUCACUGGUCCAGGAUCUACUGGAUGCUAAGAUUGAGCCUGAGGAGUUCACCAACAGACUGCAGUCAGAGCUCAAGUCGUCUCCUCAGCCCUACCUGGUCCCCUUCCUCAAGAAAAGCCUCCCGGCCCUGCGGCUGUCUCUGCUCAACAUUCAGCAUUCCCUGAUCCAGCCUCUGCCGCAGGCCAAAGCCACCCCCACCACAGGCACCAGCUCUGCCAUCAUGGCCGUCCCAGCUGUCCGCGGCCGCCUCCCCAACAGCGUCAGCACCACGGGGGCCAGUGUCGGGGCCCAGGGACACACAGCUGCCCUGGGUAUCAAGCAAGCGGGAACCUCUGGUUGCCAGGUCAGGAUGCCCAUGUUGAUCACACCAUUAAGAACACAAGGCACUGUCAGCAAGGGAGCCACAUUCCAAGCAGGCAAAAGUCCUGUGGGUUUUGCUGUUAAGGGCUCUGGAAAUCAGAAAAACAAGCUGAACGAUCCCGGAGGCGGUUCUUUCAGGGAUGAUGAUGACAUUAACGAUGUGGCGUCCAUGGCGGGGGUGAACCUGAAUGAAGAGAGCGCUCGUAUCCUGGCAACCAACUCUGAGCUGGUGGGGACACACAUCCGCUCCUGUAAAGAUGAGGCCUUCCUUCACCCGGGCCUGUUACACAGACGCAUCCUGGAGACAGCUAAGAAGUUUGGCGUGUCAGAGGUUCCUAUGGAGGCUGUGAACUUCAUCUCCCACGCUACCCAGUCCCGACUCCGCACUGUGCUGGAGAAGGUCUCCUCCAUCGCACAGCACAGGAUGGACGGUGGUAAAGAUGAGGAGUGGUUGGAGCAGUCGGCAGACGUGCGGUCGCAGCUAAAGUUCUUUGAGCAGCUGGAGAGGAUAGAGAAGCAGAGGAAGGAUGAACAGGAGAGAGAGAUCCUACUCAAAGCAGCUAAAAGUCGCUCCAGGCAAGAGGACCCAGAGCAGGCUCGGCUGAAACAAAAAGCUAAGGAGGUAAGCGCUGUGCUGGAGAUCAUUACCCUUGACAUUUUCCCAAGACUUCAACAUAUAAAUUUUUCAUGCCUCGCUACAUAUGUAAUGCCAUUUAAAGGUCUGACUUAAAAAGUUGUAGGAAUUAUUUGUGCUGAUUGAUGUCCGCCUCGUUUGGAAAAGUGGUUUCUAUAGAACAGAGACACCACACCAAAGAGAUCCUCCUCCUCUUUUCUCUCUCUCUCCCUCUCUCUUUUCUGGACCCCGAUAACCUUUUGGAGACUGCUGUUCAUUGUGCAUGGCUCUUUCAAAGAGAUAGAUUGGGGAGCCUAUCAGUGUUGUGAGUA